UGACCUGGCCCCCGGGCGUGGCCGCAGCUGCGGCCGCUGAGCAUAGAAGAUGCCCUUAGUGGAUUUCUUCUGUGAGACGUGCUCAAGACCAUGGCUGGUGGGCUGGUGGGACCAGUUCAAGAGGAUGCUGAACCGUGAGCUGUCCCACUUCUCCGAAAUGAGCCAGUCGGGCAACCAGGUCUCUGAGUACAUCUCCAGCACCUUCCUGGACAAGUCGAACGAGGUGGAGAUCCUGUCCCCGGCACCAAAAGAGCAUGAGACACCGACGCAGCAGCAGCCGCCUCCGAUCAGCAACAACACCCAGAAUCUGUCGGUCGACUCCAGCCUCCCACAUUCUAGCUUCCCCCGCUUUGGGAUCAAGACAGACCAGGAAGAGCUGCUCAGCCAGGAGCUGGAAAACCUUGACAAGUGGGGGCUGAACAUCUUCCGCGUAGCAGAGUUCUCCAAAGGCCGUUCGCUCAGCUGUAUCACAUAUACGAUAUUCCAGGAACGAGAGCUGCUGAAGACGUUCAAGAUCCCGGCCGAUACGCUCAUCACCUACCUUUUGAAACUGGAAGAUCACUACCAUGCGGACGUGGCCUAUCACAACAGCCUGCAUGCUGCUGAUGUCAUGCAGUCCACACACGUUCUUCUGGCCAUGCCUGCCCUGGAUGCAGUGUUCACGGACCUGGAGAUCUUGGCUGCCUUGUAUGCUGCAGCCAUCCAUGACGUAGACCACCCCGGCGUCUCCAAUCAAUUUCUUAUCAAAACCAACUCGGAACUAGCCCUGAUGUACAAUGACGAAUCGGUGCUAGAGAACCAUCACCUGGCCGUCGGCUUCCGGCUGCUGCAGGGCGACAACUGUGACAUCUUCCAAAACCUGAGCAAGUGGCAACGGCAGACCCUGCACCGGAUGGUCAUUGACAUGGUACUGGCCACGGACAUGUCCAAGCACAUGUGCCUGCUGGCUGAACUGAAAACCCUGGUGGAAACCAAGAAGGUGGGGAAUUCGGGAAUGCUGCUGCUGGAUAACUACACCGACCGCGUUCAGGUCCUCCAGAACCUGGUGCACUGUGCAGACCUCAGCAACCCCACCAAGCCGCUGCCGCUCUACCGGCAGUGGACGGAGCGUAUCAUGGCCGAGUUCUUCCGGCAAGGAGACCAGGAGCGGGACCGUGGCCUGGAGAUCAGCCCCAUGUGUGAUAAGCACACUGCCUGCGUUGAGAAGUCGCAGGUGGGGUUUAUCGACUACAUCGUGCGCCCGCUCUGGGAGACUUGGGCCGACCUCGUCUACCCCGGAGCUCAGGAAAUCCUGGAGACAUUGGAGGAAAAUCGCCACUGGUAUCACAGCGUUAUCCCCCGGAGCCCCUUGCCCUCUCCAGACCCCGACCCCACCAGGUUCUGCUUCGAGCUGAUGCUGCAGGCGACCAGCGAGGAGGAAGAGGAGGAGGAGGAUGAGGAAGACGAGGACAGCAGCCCUGAGGGGGAAGGGGCAGCCCAGCCAUCCAUGGAGACAGAUGAGGACGGGGUCUCGGCCCGCCCAGGAGAGCCUGGGAAAUGUUGAGUUUUUGCCAGCGACGGAUUAGAUGAGUGAAAAAGAAAGCAUUUCCCCUUCCUUUUCCUGUUGUGUUUUUCCGGGGGGAGGAGAAGAAAGCAUGGG